AUGCCCCGUAGUCCCAAAACCCCUCCCCGACCUCGACGUCGUGACUUCAUCAGAGACCGGGGCGGCCUAGGCGUAGCCACGUACAGCCCAGUCAAAAAACGCGAUGCCUACAAGACACAAACUCUAGUGUCGUACAUCGGAUUCGACGUCGAGAGGGACCGGCUCGAGCGCUCGCUGGCAGAACUCAAGGCGAAGGCCCAACGAUUGCGCGAAUCGCGAAGCUUAGCACGACAAGGAAUGGCUCAGACCAGCGAGCCAUCUCCCAUUUCGCAUGGGUCUCCGGGCACUUCAGCACAACCGACUACGGUACCCCUCCUUGGGACCUCUUUGGACGAGAUCGAGAUGAUGGUCACAGAGGAAACAGGUCACAGAGGAGACGAUGAAUGGGUUGACAUCGAUGACGAGAACGAGGGCAACGAGGGCGCAGGCGAUAUGAAUCAAGACGAAGUGCCCGGUGACCACAUGCUCGACGACGACGCCGACGACGAUGACGACGACUGCAGCUACUUACGGACAACUUUACCCCUCCUCAAGACCCAAAACCUGUAUUCUCGUUGGAUGACGCGUAUCCCCAGCCUCGUACCCCACUACCUGUCCUAUCUGGAGGAGACCACGGGCCAGUCAUUACCCGCACUUCCGCGAGAAAUUCAUCGGCGGUGUGAGGACGAAAGCUGCCCCAACAGGGCGCUGAAUGUUGUUGCAUUUACCUUGAUGGGCUUCAACGAACUAUCUGUAUUCGGUUGCCUAUGUCAAGAACCGGUAGAGGUACUUGUGCGAACUGGAUUAUUUCCAACGGCACCCACGCGACCUCGAAUGGCCAUAUCUAUAUCCCUACUUGACCUGUACCACUCGGUUUUUGAGAAGUCCAGUGAUGCGAUCUAUGCCUUUGCCGGAGCCAUGCAGAAUUACUACGAGAAAAGAGGAUUUGUCCUACUUAAUCGCAAGAAGGAGUAUGCCCAGGAUGGGUUUCGGAAGCCCUUUGGUCUGGCAGUGCAAUGGUACGAUCGGCUGCAGAACCAGGUCCGCCAGCGUGUCGAGGCUGCCCUCUGCAAGGCUGACGAAGUGGCAUGCGACUAUAUUUCCAAAAAUCCGACCAUGGGAGGAACCCCAGGUCAUGAUGAGGCCACAGAUAUUACCAGAGCCCUCGUGGACGACGCGGACAGCCCCACCGAAGCCCCCGACGUCAACCCGACAGAUACAGCCUCUAACCCACCACCGUCAUCCAAGACCGCCCCAGGGGAGUGCGAUCGCAUCCUUCGUGACUAUUGCCCCGCAUGUUUCGGGGGCAAAGAGUUUGGUAUCCCUCUGGACGAGGGCGGCGACGUGGUAAUCGCCAUUGACGGCAAUUUCAACCACCGGCACAACCGCAAUGUCACGAACUGCCCCAAGUUUUAUGAACCUGAACACUUCGUCACAAAGGCAUAUGUCGAUGCCAUCGGGGAACGAAUGGCAGAGGCCAGAACUCAGCCAAAGCGCCGAGUAACCUCCAAGGUGCCAAAAGAGGCUGUCAAGGCGUGCCAAAAGUCCCACCAAGCCGGAAGUGGUUCGAACGUCAAAACCUCGCUCGAGCGGUUCGAUGCGGGAGGGCUGAUGGCUGUAGUGUGUCGACACGAUAUACCUCUUUUCCUGGCGAAUAUUGACACAGCCGGCGAACAACAGAAAUUCGCAGUCGCGCUCAUUGAGAAGGUCCUCAGCCAUAUGCCUGCCCAUGCCAAUCUUGUUGUUUUGUACGACGUUGGCUGCGUUUUGGAUCGCAGUAUACAGCUUCAUCCCAUUGUUUCUGCCGAUAUCGCAAAGCGCCUGAAGUUUGCGACAAGCGCCAUGCACGCAUACGCCCAUCAGUGGGCUUGUCAACUGGGAUAUAACCCGCGACUACAGGACGGUAUGGCACUCUCUGACGGGGAGGGAGUCGAACGAAUUUGGUCCCAGUUGAGGCGACUCAUUCCCAUUGAACGGAAUUGUGCAGCAGAGAAGCGGAUCUGGUUGAUCGAUCGCCAAACCCACUAUAUCAACCGCAUGCUCAGGGAUGGCCUGGGUGAUACCAUCCGCCGCCGACUGACCAAGGCCGUCGUCCAGCACGAAGCCGAGGCUCUGGCGAUCAUAGAAGAUGUUGACCUCUCACGGGACGAGCUUGAAAGGCAGUGGGAAGACCAGAGGACAUCUCAGAUGUCUGUCCGCUCAUACGGGACCAAAUCUGCGAAGAAAGAACUUGAUGCCAUUAUCAACCUGCAGACUGAAAUGGACGCCAUCGAGAAGAACCUCAAGGCCGCCCGGAAAGCCCUGAAAGGCAGUAAAACCCAGGCCGCCAAAAAAGUCGGGAAUCUCGCCUCAAAAUCAGCAGAACUCCAGGAGAUGAUAGAUGAGAUCUACGGCGCUUUGGAUCUCCCUGUGAAUAUUCCGGAACUCGAGGGAGUCAGCUACGAGUAUCUUCGCCAACUCAUCCUCCUCCGCGAUGUGAAGGAUAACAUUCGCAAGCGAGCUAUUGGCAGCUUCUUCGAAAUCGACCGAUUGGAUCAGGCCGUUGGCGGGCGUACCAAACUACAUCAGGCCACGCGUCGGUCCAUUCAACGACGCAAACCUGCUCUUAUGCGGGCCAUCGACAAACACAACGACAUAUGUGCGACUUUGGCGCAACUACACAAGCGGAAGUGGAAGUUACCCCUCCCUCAGCCCCUCCCGACAAAGCUGAGCGACUUACGCAACUCUCCUGCCCUUCUGGAAGACGUCUGGCUUUCUCGAGUACCAGGAACGAUGCCUGAUUGGUUGGAGAGCGCGGACGUGCGGAAAGCCAUACGGGCCCAUCUGAAACUCAAACGAUGUCGCGAAGAACGGACGCGACUCGGUCGUGAAGCGGACAACCUGUCGCGUUGGUAUGGUCGGGAAUCGACUGCCGUUGAGAUUGCACUUGAUCUAGACGAAAAUUCCGAUAUCAAAUUCAUUCUCCUUCAACACCGCGCCCGGCUGGCGGCGACCAAGCAGCGAUGGAUCAACGGCACCAACACGCCUAUCUACGUCCAAAACAUUACGGCCUAUUCCAAUCGAGUCGUUGAGGGCGUGCUAGGGCGACCCGCUCUUCCCUCCCCUUUGUAUUGGUUGAAACAAGUCACGGCAGGGAUUGGCCCGACGUCGCAGUCAGCGACCCCUGGUGAAGAGGAAGAGGAAGACGAGGACGAUGAUGGUCUCCCUCAGAACCCGGGUACAGUCGACGAAAUAGGAGUGCAAGAUUUAAUUGACACAGACGAUCAGGGGGAAGAAGAAGAAGCCAAGGAAAAGGCCCUGGGAGUCGUCUUGCGGGAAGAGUGGACUGAACCGACUGUCUCCAUUGGUCCUAGGUCGAUAUUCUCGUCACUCCCCGAGCCUUUAGUCCCAAGCCCAGACCUGCCCACUCAAACACGAUUCUUCCGAGCCCAGGGAUACCCACAGGCUAUACUUCACGAUUUCCAGGACGCCGACUUAGCCAUCCUGAGCUCAAAACGAGAGCGGCUCAAUGAUGUUUGCCUCAAUUCCGGCGCCGAACUUCUCCGCAAGCACUUCGCCCCCCUGGGACAUACCUCCCAGUGUGCUCUGUUCACCACCUUUGCACUACUGUUCGUCACCCACCACGCUACCCACGAGCGAUUAUGGCGGCAUGUGCGCCGGACGGAAUACUGGCGGAAAGAAGUGUGGCUUUUACCUAUCCACCGGCGCUAUCCGGACGAACACUGGGUAAUUGCCAUUCUUUACCCCGCCAAAGGGGAGAUUCUACUGUUUGAUAGCCUCGGUGCCAGAAAACCAUGGAAGAAGGACUUAACGGCAAUUGCGGCUUUCAUUCCUCGACUUCGCCUUUUGGCCGCAGAGCACGAACAUCCGUUCACGUAUACCGUGGCGCAGGAUUGGGCGACAACCAGUCACAGCUGUGGCUUAUGGGUACUGUCGGUGAUUUCCAGUAUCUUCCAAGGCUUCCAUCGUGCAGAUAUUGGUGAAGAGGAGCUUAGCCGCUUCCGAUGGCAGCUUUACAGCCUCGUUAUGAAGCUUCCUCUGCAGGACCCCGCGAGGACGUGA